GAUCCUGUACCCAGUGGUUUUUCUGCGGGAGAUGUGUUGAUUCCUUUGGCGGAUGAGUAUGAUCCCAUGUUCCCAAAUGACUACGAGAAAGUGGUAAAACGUCAAAGAGAGGAACGACAGAGGCAGCGUGAGCUGGAGAGGCAAAAGGAAAUUGAAGAAAGAGAAAAAAGACGUAAAGACAGACAUGAAGCCAGUGGGUUUUCAAGAAGACCAGAUCCAGAUUCUGAUGAAGAUGAAGAUUAUGAAAGGGAGAGACGGAAAAGAAGUAUGGGAGGAGCUGCCAUUGCACCACCCACUUCUCUUGUUGAGAAGGACAAAGAACCUGUAGCAUCGUUUCCAUAUGAAGAGGAGUCAAGACCUCGGGCACCAUCUUCAAAAGCAGCUAUUCCUCCACCAGUGUACGAUGAGCCAGAAAGACCUCGUUCCCCAACAGGACCAAGCAACUCUUUCCUUGCUAACAUGGGAGGGACAGUAGCUCAUAAAAUCAUGCAGAAAUAUGGUUUCAGAGAGGGCCAGGGGCUGGGAAAGCACGAGCAGGGGCUGAGCACAGCACUGUCAGUAGAGAAAACGAGCAAGAGGGGUGGCAAGAUCAUUGUUGGUGAAUCUACAGAGAAAGAAACAGGCAAGAAAACGGAUUCUAACCCAUUGACUGAGAUACUGAAAUGCCCAACUAAAGUGGUCCUGCUUAGGAACAUGGUAGGUGCUGGGGAGGUGGACGAAGAUCUCGAAGUUGAAACUAAGGAGGAAUGCGAGAAAUACGGCAAGGUUGGGAAGUGCGUCAUCUUUGAGAUUCCUGGUGCCCCUGAUGAUGAAGCUGUAAGAAUAUUUUUAGAGUUUGAACGGGUUGAAUCUGCCAUCAAAGCUGUUGUGGAUCUAAAUGGAAGAUACUUCGGAGGUAGAGUCGUGAAGGCUUGUUUCUACAACCUGGACAAGUUCAGAGUACUGGAUCUGGCAGAGCAAGUUUGAUUUUAAAAAUCUAGCUCGAGGUGUCACUGUUUUGGCAAUCAGGUUUUCAGCGGUAGGCUGGGAAUAAAGAAGAGAAAAGUAGCUUUCCUAGCAGACUGGAAACAAGCCUCAUUGAAUGGAUUUUUCACAUUCGUUGUGACUUACAUUUUUUUGUAAUAUAAAGCCCUUUGAAAGUAAGAUUCACGUCUGUGUGGUUUUGAGUUGCACAAAUCUGCUUAGUGCUCUGGGGAUCGUGCUUUUUUGGUUUUUUUGAGCUUUCAGAUGACUUCGUUCUUUUUCAAAAAUGUAUUGCUGAGGAGAUGCUUUUGUCUGUAUUCCUGCUUUCC